GAGAGAGAGAGAUGGGUGUGGUUGUAAUGCUCAUGAUCUCUCUCAUUGUAACCAUGCCAUGGGUUCAAACCCUUCAAGUCGAGCAAACCAAUAACCAACUUAGUUGGGCCAAGACACUCAAAUCCAAAAAGCAAAUCGUAACCAACCUCCACUUCUAUUUCCACGACACAGUCAGUGGGAAGACCCCAAGCGCAGUGCGCGUGGCUCAAUCUUUCUACACUGAAAACUCGCCGACCCGUUUCGGAGCCGUGACGAUGGCCGACGACCCGUUAACCGAGUCGCCCGACCCGUCUUUGAAACUGGUGGGCCGAGCCCAGGGACUGUACGGGUCGGCUGGGCAGACAGAGUCGGACUUUGGGUUAAUAAUGGCUUUGAAUUAUGGGUUCGUAGAUGGGAUUUACAAUGGAAGCUCUAUUAGCAUUGUCGGCUUGAACUGUGUUCUUCAUUUGGUCCGAGAAAUGGCGGUUGUCGGAGGUACUGGGCUGGCUCGCGGGUACGCCGUUGCGAAGACCCAGUGGUUCGACCCGAUCUCUGGGGAUGCCAUUGUAGGGUACAAUGUUACCAUAGAGCGUCGUGCUCUAGACCGACUAGUCUCUUCCCCUCUUUGCCCUGAGAUUGAAGCGGUGGAAGCUCCUCAUAAGUACAGUGCACCAAAAUUCAUCCUCUAUGAUGGGAAGUUAGACCCCCUGACUCACAUCAGCCACUACCGCCAAAUGAUGUCACUGUGGAAUCAGAACGAUGCGUUCAUGUGCCAGUAUUGGGAGGUGUAUGGCGAUUUAGAAGAAGAUGUUUGUAGUGAGCCAUUAGCAGCUCUUUACUUCAAACAAGGUCUCACUCCUUCACACAAGCUCAGACAAUCGUUGACGAAACGACCUGCCUCUGACUUGAAAGAGUUGAGGGCCUGGAUAGAGGAGCGAGCUCAUGCGGAAGAUGAUGCUCCCUCUGUACAAGUGUCAGUUGCAAAUGAUAUAGUUAAGGCUUCCUAG